GCGCAUGACGCACUCAUCUCUGCGCUCUCGCUGAUCAGGAGCUGGACGCGGCGGCUUCGUGAGACUUUUAAUCUCACCUCUCUGUCUCAGUUUUUUGCUGAAGAGCUUUUUGUCAGCUGUUUUUUUUUUUUGAUGGUGAUCCAAACCGGACAGUAAACGGUGAUGGCGGAAUCUGACACGCAAGAGACUCGCCAACCCGCAAAAGACUCGCCGUUCUCCAUAAAGAACCUGCUGAACAUCGAGGACAAACCCACCAAGCCGAAAAGCUUACUGGGCUCGACCAAAGGAGUGUUUGAGGGCAGCAUCUUCUCUCGCCUCGGUGACUUACCUUUCCCUCGGUUUGAGCUGCCCACGCAGAGGAUUGGACUCUCGGGACAGUAUUUGGAGAGAGCGUCCACCUGGUGGUACCCGUACACGCUUGGGGCUCAUCUGAGAACCAGCGGGUCUGAGAAGGCCAACCCGAGGGAGGCAUCCCCGGCACCGGACAGGCGCUCCCCGGAUCUCCACAAAAGUGACCAAGAUGUCAAAGAGGAAAGCGCCGACGACGACAUCACUCUGGAUGAAAGUGACGCGGAGGAGCCAAAGAGAGAAGUGGACCACGGCGGCGACGACUGGAGGAAAAAGACGGACGAUUUGGACUCGGAGAAGAAGCCCUGUCGGAAGAAAAAGACGCGCACGGUGUUCUCCAGGAGCCAGGUCUUCCAGCUGGAGUCCACCUUCGACAUCAAGCGCUACCUGAGCAGCUCGGAGCGCGCGGGCCUGGCCGCGUCCCUGCACCUGACCGAGACGCAGGUCAAGAUCUGGUUCCAGAACCGCAGGAAUAAGUGGAAACGGCAGCUGGCCGCGGAGCUGGAGGCGGCGAACCUGAGUCAUGCGGCGGCGCAAAGGAUUGUGCGCGUCCCGAUACUUUACCACGAGCACGGAGCCGCAGAGUCGAGCGGGGGCCCCGCAUCAAACUCACCGGGCAGCCAGUCACUGCUGCCGUUUCCACACCACAUGUACUAUUCCCACCCGAUGCCACUGCUGAGGCCUGUUUAACACUGACUCUGUCAUGAUGAGCUGUACAUAGGUUUUUAAGUCAGUGAGCCUUCAUGAUGAAAUACCAUUUUGUAUAUUUUGUACAUUCAACGGACCAAAUGUUGGGUUAUUAUUAUUAUUGUUGUUAUAUUAUUAUUAUUCACUCUUUAUUCUGCUACAUUCCCUAUUACAACACACCGUUUAAUAUUAUUAUUAUUAUUAUUAUUAUUAUUAUUAUUGUUAUUAUUUUAAAGGAAGUGAAUGAAUAUAUUUAAACAUUUUCCGUUAAAAAAUUGAUUUGUUUACUGUCCCAGUGUGUUCCACAGAGAUUUGUGUCAGUGUUAUAGCAAAUAAAUGUGGAAUUCAAUAUUUUGAUAUUUUUCAAUAUUGUGCAAUAUACUUCACGCCAGACUAUUCCAUUCUAUAUGUCACAUAUAGUUUUAUUUUACAGAAUAACCCCCUUUUUCUUUUAAUGUAAUAGUGAGGACAAUCAUUCGAUCCUUGAGAAAACGGAAAAAAAAUACAGCAGAUUUGUUUUUGGGGGACAGUGUUAUUGUUUUCAUGAUGCAAAAAAUUUGCAAGUGUUUUUAAAGCCAUGAAAGAGCCAAAACAGCCUUUAUGUGUGUGUCUGACUGUGUGUGUGUGUGUGUGUGUGUUCUAUUCCCCCUCCUCUUAUAUUGUUAUUGAAAAUCUGUACAUUAAAUUGUCUUAUACGCUCAGUAAAAAAAAUCUGUUCCAAACCAGAACUAUGUAUAUACUUUAUAUGUCACAGUGAUGUAAAUGUUCAUUUGAGAAAUGUCUUAAAAUAAUCGUUGUGAGGAUGGAGUGAUUUUAUUUUUCAAAUAUUUGAGACGAAGAUGUGACACACGGCGAGUUUUUUUUUCUUACAUGGAUCACAUAAUAAAUCAUCAUAGUGGAGUCGUUUUAAAAUGCGAGGGUCGUAUAUAAUUUUCGAUCUGAUAAAAAGAUAUUUUUUCUCCCAGUUCAGUCCUAA